AUGCAGACAGUGUUGCUCAAUGACAAUUCCCUUAUUCUUGUUGUCGUGGAGACUAAGAGUUCCACAAAGUCAAACAAAAAUAUAUACAUAUUUUCACACACACACACACACACACACAACACACACACACCACACACACACACACACACAAACUUUACCACUUGAUGAUGCUCAGGUUUGAUGGCAGGUAGCACAGGUGACAGGUGAAAAGCAAAGGGCACACACACACACACACACGCACACACAUGAACACACACAAGCACGCACGCACACAGACACACACCUCUCACUACCCAGGAGUCUUCAGUCUCCAUGGCCUGGUCCUUGUCUGUGAUCUCUCCUUCAUCAGGUCCACAGUUGGCUCCUGCAGGCACAGCGUUUCAUUAGUUGAACACCCCAGUCCUGCUCCAGGGACCUCCAGGGACCUCCAGGGACCUCCAGACCGGGUGGCUGUGUAUUACUGUGAGGAAGUAACAGCUGAACAUUGGUGUUGUUUAAGGCUUAUUUGGCUUGUCAGAGAGUUGACACACACACACGUGUCAGGAAGGUGUCAUCUGUUUCAGGAUGAUUCAGCAUGUACCAGGAACCAGAACUGGACAGACAGGGUUGAUUCAGCAUGUACCAGGAACCAGACCUGGACAGACAGGGUUGAUUCAGCAUGUACCAGGAACCAGAUUGAUGAAUGUGUUAUACAGCCUGCUGUUGGUUUCUGAAUCCGCCCACUCCAUUCACUCCAAUACAAUACAGUGGAGAGAAAAAACUUGAUUCCCUACCUUGAUUCACUACCUUGAUUAACUACAUUGAUUCCUUACCUUGAUUCACUCACUACCUUAUUCACUACCUGAUUCACUACCUUGACUCACUACCUUAUUCACUACCUGAUUCACUACCUUGAUUCUCUACCUUGAUUCACGACCUUGACUCACUACCUUGAUUCACUACCUUGAUUCACUAACUUGAUUCUCUACCUUGAUUCACUAACUUGAUUCUCUACCUUGAUUCACUACCUUGACUCACUACCUUGACUCACUACUUUGACUCACUACCUGACUCACUACCUUGACUCACUACCUUGAUUCGCUACCUUGACUCACUACCUGACUCACUACCUUGACUCACUACCUUGACUCACUACCUUGAUUCGCUACCUUGACUCACUACCUGAUUCACUACCUUGACUCACUACCUGACUCACUACCUUGAUUCACUACCUGAUUCACUACCUGACUCAUAGAUACCAAACUGGGACAGGGAUGUAACAUAAUAAAAUAUAUUUCAAAUCAAAUCAAGUCAAAUAUAUUAGAAGUUGAUUUAUUCUGAAUUGAUAGUGGUUACCAUGGUAUUAAUGCUGUUAUGCAACAGAACAAACAUCAGUCCACAGCGUUGCCCCUUCCUCAUACUAAUGCAGAACUAGUCACUACAACACAUGAGUAGGGUGUGUGUGUGUGUGUGUGUGUGAGUGUGUGUGUGUGUGUGUGUGUAGGUGUUUCAUGAUGAACAAGACAAACUAGACUGAAUAUUUAUAUUACCUCUGCGUAGCAAAUCAUUGAUUGAGCUGAAUAAAAAUGUCUGCUUACACAACACAACACUAUCCUCCUCCCCCUGUCCUCUCUCCCCCUUGGUCCCCCUGGGGCCGUACCAAUGCGGGAAAAUAAACCCCGCCCCAACCCGCCGGCUCCAACCGUCACCACUUGCUGUCUCCUCAAAGCUCUCCUCCUCCCCCAUCCUUCCUCCCCCUUCCCUCCCUCCCCCUCUCCUCCCUCCCCCUCUCCUCCCUCCCCCUGUCCUCCCUCCCCCUCUCCUCCCUCCCCCUGUCCUCCCUCCCCCUGUCCUCCCUCCCCUACUCAUCUCUUCCCCUGUCCUCCCUCCCUGAUGGAAACUGAAGGUGUCAUUCAGUCAUUCAGUCUGUACCUGUAACCAUGAGUUACCUAGCAAGCAAGUUUAUUUAUAUAGCACAAUUCAUACAUCGAAGCAAUUCAAUGUGCUUUACAAAGAUUUUUAUCAAAAAUAAUGAAAACAUCAUAAUAAUACAAAUACAAAAAAAUAAUACUUUAAAGAUUAAAAAUUAAAAAUUAAAAAUGGGAUAAAACCAUAGGAAGCUAUAAGGCUAAUCAGUGUGGUUCAGUUUAAGUGCUCAGUCGUAGGAACGUAAAAAGAUAAGUGUUUGUAACCUGGAUUUAAAAAUGGAUACGUUUGGGGCACAUCUAAGAUCUUCUGGUAGUUUAUUCCAGUUGUGUACAGUAUGUGGUAUUAAUGCUCCAUCUAGAUAAGAUCUGAACCAAUCAAGGACUGUCCCAGAGAGUCCUACCCACUUUUCCAGCCUAUCUAUACAGUGGGGAAAAAAGUAUUUAGUCAGCCACCAAUUGUGCAAGUUCUCCCACUUAAAACGAUGAGAGAGGCUCCACUAUGGCCAAGACCAAAGAGCUGUCAAAGGACACCAGAAACAAAAUUGUAGACCUGCACCAGGCUGGGAAGACUGAAUCUGCAAUAGGUAAGCAGCUUGGUUUGAAGAAAUCAACUGUGGGAGCAAUUAUUAGGAAAUGGAAGACAUACAAGACCACUGAUAAUCUCCCUCAAUCUGGGGCUCCACGCAAGAUCUCACCACGUGGGGUCAAAAUGAUCACAAGAACGGUGAGCAAAAAUCCCAGAACCACACGGGGUGAAUGACCUGCAGAGAGCUGGGACCAAAGUAACAAAGCCUACCAUCAGUAACACACUACGCCGCCAGGGACUCAAAUCCUGCAGUGCCAGACGUGUCCCCCUGCUUAAGCCAGUACAUGUCCAGGCCCAUCUGAAGUUUGCUAGAGUGCAUUUGGAUGAUCCAGAAGAGGAUUGGGAGAAUGUCAUAUGGUCAGAUGAAACCAAAAUAUAACUUUUUGGUAAAAACUCAACUCGUCGUGUUUGGAGGACAAAGAAUGCUGAGUUGCAUCCAAAGAACACCAUACCUACUGUGAAGCAUGGGGGUGGAAACAUCAUGCUUUGGGGCUGUUUUUCUGCAAAGGGACCAGGACGACUGAUCCGUGUAAAGGAAAGAAUGAAUGGGGCCAUGUAUCGUGAGAUUUUGAGUGAAAACCUCCUUCCAUCAGCAUGGGCAUUGAAGAUGAAACGUGGCUGGGUCUGUCAGCAUGACAAUGAUCCCUAACACAUCGCCCGGGCAACGAAGGAGUGGCUUCGUAAGAAGCAUUUCAAGGUCCUGGAGUGGCCUAGCCAGUCUCCAGAUCUCAACCCCAUAGAAAAUCUUUGGAGGGAGUUGAAAGUCUGUGUUGCCCAGCGACAGCCCCAAAACAUCACUGCUCUAGAGGAGAUCUGCAUGGAGGAAUGGGCCAAAAUACCAGCAACAGUGUGUGAAAACCUUGUGAAGACUUACAGAAAACGUUUGACCUGUGUCAUUGCCAACAAAGGGUAUAUAACAAAGUAUUGAGAAACUUUUGUUAUUGACCAAAUACUUAUUUUCCACCAUAAUUUGCAAAUAAAUUCAUUAAAAAUCCUACAAUGUGAUUUUCUGGAUUUUUUUUCCUAAUUUUGUCUGUCAUAGUUGACGUGUACCUAUGAUGAAAAUUACAGGCCUUGCACAAUUGGUGGCUGACUAAAUACUUUUUUCCCCCACUGUAAGUGUUCCAUGACCUAGUUCUAUUCAUUCAGUCAUUCAGUCUGUACCUGUAACCAUGAGUUACCUAGUUCUAUUCAUUCAGUCAUUCAGUCUGUACCUGUAACCAUGAGUUACCUAGUUGUAUUCAUUCAGUCAUUCAGUCUGUAUCUGUAACCAUGAGUUACCUAGUUCUAUUCAUUCAGUCAUUCAGUCUGUACCUGUAACCAUGAGUUACCUAGUUCUAUUCAUUCAGUCAUUCAGUCUGUACCUGUAACCAUGAGUUACCUAGUUCUAUUCAUUCAGUCAUUCAGUCUGUACCUGUAACCAUGAGUUACCUAGUUCUAUUCAUUCAGUCAUUCAGUCUGUACCUGUAACCAUGAGUUAUCUAGUUAUAACCCUAACCCUAGUUCUAUUCAUUCUGUUGUGCUCCAGAACUCUCCUGUCUCUUACACAUAUAGACUACUAUCAACAUGACUGUUAUGUUUCUGGUACGUUAUGUGUGUAUGUGUUGUGUGUGUGUGUGUGUGUGUUUGUGUGUGUGUGUGUGUGUGGUGUGUGUGUGUGUGUGUGUUGUGUGUGUGUGUGUGUGUGUGUGUGUGUGUGUGUGUGUGUGGUGUGUGCAUGUGCAUGGGCAUGGGAGUGGGCGUUGGCGUGCUCGUGUCUGUCUGUUCUCUGUUGACCACCAUUCUAUCUAACCCUAACCCUAACGCAUUCUCUGUUGACCACCAUUCUAUCUAACCCUAACCCUAACCUACUAACCCUAACCCUAACCUACUAACCCUAACCUACUAACCCUAACCUACUAACCCUAACCCUAACCCUAACCUACUAACCCUAACCUACUAACCCUAACCCUAACCCUAACCUACUAACCCUAACCUACUAACCCUAACCUACUAACCCUAACCCUAACCUACUAACCCUAACCUACUAACCCUAACCUACUAACCCUAACCCUAACUGUCAACUCUAUUAACCCUAAUGUCAAGGUCGAGGUAAGGAGUAGACCAAGGCGCAGCGUGAUGAACAAACAUGACUUUAAUUAGUUAAAGCGUCAAAAUACAAAACAAAACACGACUCGUGACGUCCACGGUGUCAAUGACCGAACACGGAACACCCAACAUAGAAACAGAACACAUAGAAUGAACACACCCUGGCUCAACAUAAUGAGUCCCAGAGCCAGGGUGUGACAGUACCCCCCCCUAAAGGCGCGGACUGCGACCGCGCCUCAACUAAACAAAACAGGGGAGGGCUGGGCGGGCAUACCUCCUCGGCGGCGGUUCUGGCUCCGGCCUUGACCACCACCCUCCAAUACACCCCCCAUAGUGCCCCUGGUCCAGUCUGUCGACUUGCACCCCUGGCUUGGUGCGUGGAGGAGGAACGGGCCUUACCAGGCUGACUUCUCGCACCCCUGGCUUAGUGCGAGUGGCAGGAACAGGCCGGGUCGGGCUGGCGACGCGCACCGUAGACUUGGUGCGGGUGGCAGGAACAGGCCGGACCGGGCUGGCGACGCGCACCGUAGGUUUAGUGCGUGGAGCAGGGACAGGCCGGGCUGGGCUGUCGACGCACACCGUAGGCUUGGUGCGUGGAGCAGGGACAGGCCGGGCUGGGCUGUCGACGCACACCGUAGGCUUGGUGCGUAGAGCAGGGACAGGCCGAACCGGGCUGUGGAGACGGAUAGGAGACCUGGAGUGAAGAGCGGCCACCACCCGUCCUGGCUGAAUGCCUACCCUCACACACUCUGUGUGAGGCAUCCGCACAGGACGUACAGGGCGGUGUACCCCUGGCCUGGUGGCCUCCUGGAUCCGCCCCCUUUUCUCCUCCGUCAGCCCCGUCGUCCAUGCCGUGUGCCCCCCCCUAAAAAUGUCUUGGGGUUGCCUCUCGACCGUCCGACGAUGAUACUGCUGACGCCGCUGCUCCUCUCUCGCCAGGGCCUUAAUCCUUGCCCAUGGCCCUUUGCCCCCGAGCAUGUCCUCCCAGGACCACGAUUUGCCCACCUGGGCCAUCGCCAGCCUCUCCAUCUCCUUUCCCGGCGCUUCCUCCCAUGUCCAGUCUGCCUGCUCCUGGACACGCUGCUUGGUCUUGGUAUGGUGGGUUUUUCUGUCACGAUCGAGGUAAGGAGUAGACCAAGGCGCAGCGUGAUGAACAAACAUGACUUUAAUUAGUUAAAGCGUCAAAAUACAAAACAAAACACGACUCGUGACGUCCACGGUGUCAAUGACCGAACACGGAACACCCAACAUAGAAACAGAACACAUAGAAUGAACACACCCUGGCUCAACAUAAUGAGUCCCAGAGCCAGGGUGUGACACCUAACCCUAACUGUCAACUAUAUUAACCCUAACCCUAACUGUCAACUCUAUUAACCCUAACCCUAACUGUCAACUCUAUUAACCCUAAUCAUAAUUGUCAACUAUAUUAACCCUAACCCUAACUGUCAACUCUAUUAACUCUAACCCUAACUGUCAACUCUAUUAACCAUAAUCAUAACUGUCAAGUCUAUUAACCCUAACCAUAACUGUCAACUAUAUUAACCCUAACCCUAACUGUCAACUAUAUUAACUCUAACCCUAACUGUCAACUCUAUUAACCCUAACCCUAACUGUCAACUCUAUUAACCCUAACCCUAACUGUCAACUCUAUUAACCCUAACCCUAACGGUCAACUCUAUUAACCCUAACCCUAACUGUCAACUAUAUUAACCCUAACCCUAACUGUCAACUAUAUUAACCCUAACCCUAACUGUCAACUCUAUUAACCCUAACCCUAACUGUCAACUCUAUUAACCCUAACCCUAACUGUCAACUCUAUUAACCCUAACCCUAACUGUCAACUCUAUUAACCCUAAUCAUAACUGUCAACUAUUCUAACCCUAACCCUAACUGUCAACUCUAUUAACCCUAACCAUAACUGUCAACUCUAUUAACCCUAACCAUAUCUGUCAACUAUAUUAACCCUAACCCUAACUGUCAACUCUAUUAACCCUAACCCUAACUGCCAACUCUAUUAACCCUAACCCUAACUGUCAAUGCUAUUAACCCUAACCCUAACUGUCAACUAUAUUAACCCUAACCCUAACUGUCAACUCUAUUAACCCUAACUGUCAACUCUAUUAACCCUAACUGUCAAUUAUAUUAACCCUAACCCUAACUGUCAACUCUAUUAACCCUAACUGUCAACUCUAUUAACCCUAACCCUAACUGUCAACUCUAUUAACCCUAAUCCUAACUGUCAAUGCUAUUAACCCUAACUGUUAACUCUAUUAACCCUAACCCUAACUGUCAACUCUAUUAACCCUAACCCUAACUGUCAACUCUAUUAACCCUAACACUAACUGUCAAUGCUAUUAACCCUAACCAUAACUGUCAAUGCUAUUAACCCUAACUGUCAACUCUAUUAACCCUAACCCUAACUGUCAACUAUAUUAACCCUAACUGUCAACUCUAUUAACCCUAACCCUAACUGCCAACUCUAUUAACCCUAAUCCUAACUGUCAAUGCUAUUAACCCUAACUGUCAACUCUAUUUACCCUAACCCUAACUGUCAACUCUAUUAACCCUAACCCUAACUGUCAACGCUAUUAACCCUAACCCUAACUGUCAACUCUAUUAACCCUAACCCUAACUGUCAACGCUAUUAACCCUAACCCUAACUGUCAACUCUAUUAACCCUAACCCUAACUGUCAACUCUAUUAACCCUAACUGUCAACUCUAUUAACCCUAACCCUAACUGUCAACUCUAUUAACCCUAACCCUAACUGUCAACGCUAUUAACCCUAACCCUAACUGUCAACUCUAUUAACCCUAACCCUAACUGUCAAUGCUAUUAACCCUAACCCUAACUGUCAAUGCUAUUAACCCUAACCCUAACUGUCAACUAUAUUAACCCUAACCCUAACUGUCAACUAUAUUAACCCUAACCCUAACUGUCAACUAUAUUAACCCUAACUGUCAACUCUAUUAACCCUAACCCUAACUGCCAACUAUAUUAACCCUAACCCUAACUGUCAACUCUAUUAACCCUAACCCUAACUGCCAACUAUAUUAACCCUAACCCUAACUGUCAACUCUAUUAACCCUAACUGUCAACUCUAUUAACCCUAACUGUCAAUUAUAUUAACCCUAACCCUAACUGUCAACUAUAUUAACCCUAACUGUCAACUCUAUUAACCCUAACCCUAACUGUCAACUCUAUUAACCCUAAUCCUAACUGUCAAUGCUAUUAACCCUAACUGUUAACUCUAUUAACCCUAACCCUAACUGUCAACUCUAUUAACCCUAACCCUAACUGUCAACUCUAUUAACCCUAACACUAACUGUCAAUGCUAUUAACCCUAACCAUAACUGUCAAUGCUAUUAACCCUAACUGUCAACUCUAUUAACCCUAACCCUAACUGUCAACUAUAUUAACCCUAACUGUCAACUCUAUUAACCCUAACCCUAACUGCCAACUCUAUUAACCCUAAUCCUAACUGUCAAUGCUAUUAACCCUAACUGUCAAAUCUAUUUACCCUAACCCUAACUGUCAACUCUAUUAACCCUAUCUGUCAACUCUAUUAACCCUAAACCUAACUGUCAACUCUAUUAACCCUAACCCUAACUGUCAACUGUAUUAACCCUAACCCUAACUGUCAACGCUAUUAACCCUAACCCUAACUGUCAACUCUAUUAACCCUAACUGUCAACUCUAUUAACCCUAACCCUAACUGUCAACUCUAUUAACCCUAACCCUAACUGUCAACUCUUUUAACCCUAACCCUAACUGUCAAUGCUAUUAACCCUAACUGUCAACUCUAUUAACCCUAACCCUAACUGUCAACUCUAUUAACCCUAACCCUAACUGUCAACUCUAUUAACCCUAACUGUCAACUCUAUUUACCCUAAUACUAACUGUCAACUCUAUUAACCCUAACCCUAACUGCCAACUCUAUUAACCCUAAUCCUAACUGUCAAUGCUAUUAACCCUAACUGUCAACUCUAUUAACCCUAACCCUAACUGUCAACUCUAUUAACCCUAACUGUCAACUCUAUUUACCCUAAUACUAACUGUCAACUCUAUUAACCCUAACCCUAACUGCCAACUCUAUUAACCCUAAUCCUAACUGUCAAUGCUAUUAACCCUAACUGUCAACUCUAUUAACCCUAACCCUAACUGUCAACUCUAUUAACCCUAACUGUCAACUCUAUUUACCCUAAUACUAACUGUCAACUCUAUUAACCCUAACCCUAACUGCCAACUCUAUUAACCCUAAUCCUAACUGUCAAUGCUAUUAACCCUAACUGUCAACUCUAUUAACCCUAACCCUAACUGUCAACUCUAUUGACCCUAACUGUCAACUCUAUUAACCCUAACCCCGGUGAAAUGAAACAGAAUGUGAGUCUGUAAUGCAUAAUUGUCUUUUCACAUUGGACCUUAAAGGGGCAAUUUAGGAUUCAAACAACAAAGUGACACCCGCCACUUUUUUGGUAAACAAUUGAGGGAUGGGGCCAAGUAAAACAAGCUUAUAUUUGGGGUUUUGAUGGAGUAAGACAGUUGAACUAAGCUCAUGAGACAUACGUUAUAUUCUUUAAGAAUCAAUUCCUCUAUAUCCUUACACUCCAAAAGGGUUCUGCUGCUGUCCUCAUAGGAGAACCCUUUUUUGUUCCAGGUUCUACCUGGGACCAAAAGGGUUCUACCUGGAACCAAAAGGGUUAUACCUGGGACCAAAAGGGUUCUACCUGGAACCAAAAGGGUUCUACCUGGAACCAAAAGGGUUCUACCUGGGACCAAAAGGGUUCUACCUGGAACCAAAAGGGUUCUACCUGGAACCAAAAGGGUUCUACCUGGAACCAAAAGGGUUCUCCUAUGGGGACAGCUGAAUAACCCUUUUUUUCUAAGAGUGUAAUUUUAAAGUACAAAAAAAGUAUGUACAAAUCCUAGAUGGCCCCUUUAUAGUCUAGUUUACAACCUCUAGUCAUAAAGCCUGUCUGGGAUGGGGCACUUCUCUGAUUAGGCAAAAUUAACCAUAAAAUGUGUGCGUGUGUGUUGUGUGUUGCAGAGAUGGGUUCCUGGACUCUGUCCAGACUGAGAGAGAGAGACUGGUGACCAUGACUACUAUGCAACACUAGGUCAAGUUUUGAAUUUUAUUAGGAUCCUGAUUAGCUGACGCCAUGACGUCCAACAGGAAGAAAGGAGAGAGAGCGAGAGAGCGAGAGAGAGAGAGAGAGAGAGAGAGAGAGAGAGAGAGAGAGAGAGAGAGAGAGAGAGAGAGAGAGAGAGAGAGAGAGAGAGAGAGAGCGAGAGCGAGAGAGAGAGAGAUACUUUUUGUCUUUCUUUAAUGAUACAUCCUAAUUUCAUUAAAACCUCACCACCACCCCCCCCCCCUUAAAAAAAAAAUAUAUAUAUCCCCUGUACUGCAUACUCACCUUGCUCUCUACCCCACGAUACAAAACAUCACCACUUCUACAACAGUGUAUCCAACCCAUCUUCCCCAGCUGUACAGACAGACUCCCCGACACACCAUAUCUCCUGAAACCAUCCCAUUAAACAAUAGUAAAGGGUCUGUUAGGCUCCUCUCACACCCACAGCCCAGGCUCCGCACCCCCUUCUCGUGUGGGCCUUAGCAGCUGCCAGGCCCUCAGCACCGCAGAGUAAAAAUCAGAGAGUCUUGCUGUACUCAGCCCCUCCAGCCUCAUGAGGAAUAGUUGCCGGUCCAACCCUAAUCCGCCAGCUCUCCUCAGCAGCGCGCAUGCUGGCUCCCUCCAGCCGACAUCAGUAUGGUACAGCAGUCUCUGAGCCGCCUUUAGUCGGAAUGCAGCCACCCUGCUCUCCAGUUCCACCAGGCCCUGUCCUCCUUCGUGGACGGACAUAUUCAACACUGCCGCCCUCAGCCAGUGAUGGCCCGACCAGAGAGAAUCCACCAGCUGGCGUUGCAGGUCUGCGAGCAGCCCGGCGGGGGGGUUGAGGACAGACACUUUAUGCCUCAGGGAAGAUGCCACCAGGUUGUUGAUUAUCAGCACCCUCUCUCUAUAUGCUCCGCCCUCAACUUCCGGACUUGUCUCAGUGCUGUUGUGCUGUUUGUUGCUACUUGGCUAUAUGCCAAACUUUUCAUUUUAAAAUUUGUAAUACUUUUAAUACAUUUACCAACGUCUUAGUUUUUUCCUCACUUUACUUUUUUCAUUCAACUUUUUCACCCCGGACCCUUUAUCUGGACAUGGUUCUACAGGACCCUUUAUCUGGACAUGGUUCUACAGGACCCUUUAUCUGGACAUGGUUCUACAGGACCCUUUAUCUGGACAUGGUUCUACAGGACCCUUUAUCUGGACAUGGUUCUACAGGACCCUUUAUCUGGACAUGGUUCUACAGGACCCUUUAUCUGGACAUGGUUCUACAGGACCCUUUAUCUGGACAUGGUUCUACAGGACUCUUUAUCUGGACAUGGUUCUACAGGACCCUUUAUCUGGACAUGGUUCUACAGGACCCUUUAUCUGGACAUGGUUCUACAGGAGGCUUUAUCUGGACAUGGUUCUACAGGACCCUUUAUCUGGACAUGGUUCUGCAGGACCCUUUAUCUGGACAUGGUUCUACAGGAGGCUUUAUCUGGACAUGGUUCUGCAGGAGGCUUUAUCUGGACAUGGUUCUGCAGGAGGCUUUAUCUGGACAUGGUUCUGCAGGACCCUUUAUCUGGACAUGGUUCUGCAGGAGGCUUUAUCUGGACAUGGUUCUGCAGGAGGCUUUAUCUGGACAUGGUUCUACAGGACCCUUUAUCUGGACAUGGUUCUACAGGACCCUUUAUCUGGACAUGGUUCUACAGGACCCUUUAUCUGGACAUGGUUCUACAGGACCCUUUAUCUGGACAUGGUUCUACAGGAGGCUUUAUCUGGACAUGGUUAUACAGGAGGCUUUAUCUGGACAUGGUUCUGCAGGAGGCUUUAUCUGGACAUGGUUCUACAGGACCCUUUAUCUGGACAUGGUUCUACAGGAGGCUUUAUCUGGACAUGGUUCUGCAGGAGGCUUUAUCUGUCCCGAGCUACCACAGUAGAGGCAGCUGUUGGUCUCACGUCUACGUUGGUGCUCCUCCUUGGUUAACCCGUGCCGCCCCACUUGCAUGGUUUCAGGAUCUGGAGGCAGGACCUCUCCACUAAUCCCGUGUGGUGAACAAUGAUCGACUCGUUCUGGUCCACUUCCUGAACCCAAUGGUAACCGAGUAGCUGAUUGAUUGGACGGGCCCCAUUGCUUCUCCCUCCUUCUCUCUCGGACUCUGUUAUCGACCCGAAUAGAUAACGCUACCAAACUGUCCAGGUCACUAGGCUCCGGAUAGGAGAUCAGCUCAUCCUUGAGUUGCUCCGACAACCCCUGAUAAAAAAACGCUUGUAGUGACUCCUCAUUCCACCCACUCUCCACAGCCAAGGUCCUGAACUCGAUAACAAAGUCUGCCACACUGCGAGCUCCUUGACGAAGAGAGAACAAACGCUUAGCUGCGUCCUUACCUCGGACUGGAUGAUCAAAAAGCUUCCUCAUCUCUGCAGUGAACUCCUGGUAUGACGCCAUGCAGGUGUCCUGUCGUUCCCAUACGGCUGAAGCCCACUCCAGAGCUCUUCCACGCAGCAAUUCAAUAACAAAGGCUAUCCUAGCCUUGUCUGUGGCGUAAGAGUGGGGCUGCAGAUCUAACACUAGUCCACACUGCAUAAGAAAUUAACGGCAUCUUCCCAAAUCCCCUUCGUACUUAUCUGGCGUCGGAACCUUGGGCUCACGGAAGGAAACAGAUCCAGAAGCGGCAGGUGAGAGGGGUGAAGCAGGUGGUGGAUGAUCUGCUGGCAAACUGAGCUGAGCCUGGAUACUCGUCAGACUAGCAGAAAAGUUCAGAACCGAAAAAGCUGUGUUGUCCCAACAUCUUCUCCUGAUGGGUAAUGGCAUGGCGAACGGAGUCCAGGUCCGCUGGGUUCAUUCUUGGCCGGAUCGUUCUGUCACGAUUCUCUAAAGCAGAAUCCAGAAGCAGACCAGGACAAGGUGAGUAGAACGAAGGUGAGUAUUUAUUUACAGACUCAAAUGUGGGAGCAGAAUAAUCCAGGAGACGGAGCGGGCAGCGGAGGUGAGUCGGUGGGAGUGAAUAGGCAGAUCUGAUGGUGUCACAGAAGCCACCGACGACCAGGCAAGGGGUGGGGUGAAUGUUCCGGGUGAAUGACUGUAGACAGAGUAAACGGAGGUGAGUACACGGCAAGCAAAAAGUACAAAACAACAAAACUAACUCUAGUAAACUUGAGGCUGAUACGCUGACACAACAUACUGUUCAUGGCUAACGAUCCGGCAGGGAAUGGAUGUCAGGUCAGAGCUAUGAAGUGGAGAGGUGAUGAUCAGGACCAGGUGUGCAGAUAGCUGAUGAGAUUCAGGUGCGGAUAAUAGAGAGAUCUCCCGCCUAGCUUCGUCGCCUGGCAUCCAGACAGGGGAGUGAUUGAAAAAGCUUCUUCCACUUUCCCCAACGCACAAGUGGUUAUCUCCACCCUGCUACCACGAGAAUACUUCCACCCUGCUACCAUACAGCAAGUAAACGCAAGCAUUUCCCGUGACUGUGCCUCAAAACCUAACAUUUACCUGGCCCACCACUCCACCCUGGACUUGCACAGCCUUUAUGACCAGGUCCACCUCUACAAGUCAGCAGUCCCUACUUUUGCAAGGACCCUGAAAGAAAUGGCCCUCAACCGCAGCCCCAGCACCUCACAACAGAACAAAGGACACCUCACCAAGACCAGCGAGACCCUCUCCCGGACCUGCACCUAGAGGACCCACGCCGAGAGGACCCACGCCGAGAGGACCCACGCCGAGAGGACCCACGCCGAGAGGAAACAUGCCGAGAGGACCUACAUCUAGACCACAGUACCACCAGCCACACUCGGCGGUCCCGUUCUGUGAGCUUGUGUGGCCUACCACUUCGCAGCUGAGCCGUUGUUGCUCCUAGAUGUUUCCACUUCACAAUAACAGCACUUACAGUUGACCGGGGCAGCUCUAGCAGGGCAGACAUUUGAUGAACUGACUUGUUGGAAAGGUGGCAUCCUAUGAUGGUGCCACGUUGAAAGUCACUGAGCUCUUCAGUACGGGCCAUUCUACUGCCACUGUUUGUCUAUGGAGAUUGCAUGGCUGUGUGCUAAAUUUUAUACACCUCUCAGCAACGGGUGUGGCUGAAAUAGCCAAAUCCACUAAUUUGAAGGGGUGUCCACAUACUUUUGUAUAUAUAGUGUACAUUUGUGUAGAGUGCGUGUUAGCAUGUGUGCGUAUGCGUGUGUGUGUGUGUGUGUGUGUGUGUGCCUGUAUGUGUGUGUGUGUGUGUGUGUGUGUGUGUGUGUGUGUGUGUGUGUGUGUGUGUGUGUGUGUGUGUGUGUGUGUGUGUGUGUGUGUGUGUGUGUGUGUGUGUGUGCGUGAGUGCGUGCAUGCGUGUGUGUGUGUGUGUCUGUAUGUGUGUCUACCCACAGUCCAGCUGUUCCAUAAGUUUUAUGGUUUUUAAAUCAGAUUUUUGACACACUUGAAAGUAUCAACUAAAAAACAGAGCAAACUGUAAUGCUAUCUGGCCCUGAACAGAAUACCUAUAUGACCAGGUGACUAGUUGAACCAGAUGACCAGGUGACUAGUUGAACUAGAUGACCAGGUGACUAAUUGAACUAUAUGACCAGGUAGACCAGGUGACUAGUUGAACUAGAUGACCAGGUAAACCAGGUGACUAGUUGAACCAGAUGACCAGGUAGACCAGGUGACUAGUUGAACUAGAUUACCAGGUGACUAGUUUAACUAUAUGACCAGGUGACUAGUUGAACUAGAUGACCAGGUAGACCAGGUGACUAGUUGAACCAGAUGACCAGUUAGACCAGGUAACUAGUUUAACUAGAUGACCAGGUAGACCAGGUGACUAGUUGAACCAGAUUACCAGGUAGACCAGGUAACUAGUUUAACUAGAUGACCAGGUAGACCAGGUGACUAGUUGAAACAGAUGACCAGUUAGACCAGGUAACUAGUUUAAAUAUAUGACCAGGUAGACCAGGUAACUAGUUGAACUAGAUGACCAGGUAGACCAGGUGACUAGUUGAAACAGAUGACCAGGUAGACCAGGUGACUAGUUGAACUAGAUGACCAGGUAGACCAGCUGACUAGUUGAACUAGAUGAAAUGGUAAACCAGGUGACUAAAUUCACCCAGCAGGUUUAAAGCUCAUUGUCUUGCAUUUCUAUACAUUUUGACAGGUAUAAUGUGUAUUCGUGUGAUAUUUGAGUGACUCAACCAUUACAACAAAAUCUAUGGGUUAAAAAACCUAGCUAAAAAACAUGGGGUAGUUGAUCUGGACAUUUCUGAUAAGUUAUAAUUAGCUCUCUAAGGUAUGCAAUGACUGACAUCACAAGAGACAAACUGGUGAUGCACUAUCCAAAUUUAGCAAUUGCAACUUGUGCAUUCUACUAUUACAACUUUCAAGACUAAGUGGAAAGCCGCUCCCCCCCUGCCCUCCCCUAGGGGGCGCCACAUCGUUUGGGUACCACUGAACUAGAGUACCAGGUAAACUAACAGACUGUGUUCUUCCUCCUCACGUCAACAGGUCCCUGUACUGCCACAGCUGCCAGGGAACCAGGUACACACACACCACUGGAACUCCUGUAGAGUUAUUCAGUUUAGUUUAGGGUGUGAAUGUAUUUACCUGUGUUGUGUUGAUCUGUCAUCCUCAGACCCAGGCCACAAGUUCCACAGAGUCCCAGAGCUCUGACCAGACCCACUCAUCAGAGGUGAGAGAGAGAGAGACAGACAGAGACAGAUAGAGACAGAUAGAGUGAGAUGGAGAGAGAGCGAGAGAGAGUAUGUACAGACUCAGUGAGCAUAGCCUUGCUAUUGAGAAAGGCCGCCGUAGGCAGACCUGGCUCUCAAGAGAAGACAGGCUAUGUGUACACUGCCCACAAAAUGAGGUGGAAACUGAGUUGCACUUCCUAACCUUCUGCCAAAUGUAUGACCAUAUUAGAGACACAUAUUUCCCUCAGAUUACACAGACCAACAAAGAAAUCGACAACACAUCGAAUUUUUAUAAACUCCCAUAUCCAUUGGGUGGGAGGGAGGGAGGGAGGGGGAGAGAGAGAGUUGUAGAAACAUCUUAAGGAUGCAAAGGGUCUAAAUACUUACGUAAAUAAAGUAUUUAUGUUUUUUAUUGUGUGUAGAUUGCUGAAUAUGUGCCUCCCGAGUGGCGCAGUGGUCUAAGGCACUGCAUCGCAGUGCUAUCUGUGCCACUAGAGAUCCUGGUUCGAAUCCAGGCUCUGUCGUAGCCGGCCGCGACCGGGAGACCCAUGGGGCGGCGCGCAAUUGGCCCAGCGUCGUCCAGGGUAGGGGAGGGAAUGGCCGGCAGGGAUGUAGCUCAGUUGGUAGAGCAUGGCGUUUGCAACGCCAGGGUUGUGGGUUCGAUUCCCACAGGGGGUAUGAAAAAUAAUAAUGUAUGCACUAACUGUAAGUCGCUCUGGAUAAGAGCGUCUGCUAAAUGACUAAAAAUGUAAAUAUUUAAUUUUUUUAAAUCCAUUUUAGAAUAAGGCUGUAAAGUAACAAAAUGUGGAAAAACUAAAAGGGUCUGAAUACUUUCCCGAAGGCACUGUAUAUAGAAUUUCAGAAUGUCUCUCUCUUGUUCUCUCUCUGUCUUUGUCUGUCUUGGUUGAAACCAGGGCCUACUGAUAGCAUAUGACAUUAUAUUGUAUUAUUGUUAUUAUAUUAAUUUAUUUUCUUAACUAGAGUUUUGUAUCCCUUUAACCCAGUUCCUAUACAGUAGAAGGGAUGUGCCAAUAUUUCUAUUGGAACUCUUAACAAAUCUCAGGUACUGUACAUUGUUCUUCUGUGUAUUCAUGUGUAUACCGUUUGCGUGCGUGUGUGUGCGUGUGUGUGUGUGACUGUGAGCAUGUGUGUGCGUGUGUGUGCGUGUGUGUGCGUGUGUGUGCGUGUGUGUACGUGAGUGUGUGUGUGACUGUGAGCAUGUGUGUGCGUAUGUGUGCGUGUGUGUGCGUGUGUGUGCGUGUGCGUGUGCGUGUGUGUGUGUGUGUGUGUGCGUGUGUGUGCGUGUGUGUGUGACUGUGAGCAUGUGCUUGUGUGGGUAACAUGCUAAGAGAGAAAGAGAGGGAGAAAGAGAGAGGGAGAGAGAUGGAGGGAGAUGGAGGGAGAGAGAGAGACAGCGAGAGAGAGAAAGAGUGUUUGUGUGUGUGUGGUAGUGUAGUAGUAGUGUAGUAGUAGUAGUAGUAGUAGUAGUAGUAGUAGUUUAGCAGUAGUGUAGUAGUAGAAGUGUAGUAGUAGUAGUGUAGUAGUAUAGUAGUAGUAGUGUAGUAGUAGUAGUAGUAGUAGUGUAGUAGUAGUGUAGCAGUAUUGUAGUAGUAGUAGUAGUAGUAGUAGUAGUAGUGUAGUAGUAGUGGUAGUAGUGUUGCAGUAGUGUAGUAGUAGUGUAGUAGUAGUAGUAGUAGUAGUGUAGUAGUAGUAUAGUAGUAGUAGUGUAGUAGUAGUGUAGCAGUAGUGUAGUAGUAGUAGUAGUAUAGUGUAGUAGUAGUAGUGCAGUAGUAGUGUAGUAGUAGUAUGUAGUAGAAGUAGUAGUGUAGUAGUAGUAGUAGUAGUGUAGCAGUAGUGUAGUAGUAGUGUAUUAGUAGUAUAGUAGUAGUGUAGUAGUAGUAGUGGUAGUGUAGUAGUAGUAGUAGUAGUAGUGUAGUAGUAGGUGUAGCGUAGUGUAGUAGUGUAGUUGUAGUGUAGUGUGUGUAGUCGUAGUAGUGGUAUAGUGUGGGGUUUGCCGUAGUGUAAAUUGUGUGUGUGUAGUGUGUAGUAGUGUUACAGUGUGUGUUUGUAGUGUAGUAGUAGUGUGUUGUGUGUGUAGUGUAGGGGUAGUAGUAGUGUGUGUGUAGGGCCCGUAGUGUAGUGUCGUAGUGUAGUUGGUGUUGCAGUCGUGUGUGUAUGGUAGUUUGGGGGUGUAGUGUUUUGUAGUAGUAGUAGUAGUGUGUAUUAGUGUAGUGUAGUGUAGUAUAUAGUGUAGCCAGUAGUUGAUAGUGUUGUGUAGGUAGUGUAUUGGGAGUGUAGUGGGAUAAAUGUGCGUAGUGUAGUAUAGUGUAGCGUAGUGUUUAGUAGUAUUAGUAGUGUGUAGUAAAGUAGUUGUAGUUUGUAGUAGUAGUGUAGCAGUAGUGUAGUAAAUAGUAGUAGUGUAGUAGUGUAUACUAGUGUAGCAGUAGGUAGUAGUAGUGUAGUAAGUGUUUGAGUAGUGUAGCAUAGUGUAGUAGUAGUAGUGUGUAGUAGGGAGUAGUGUAAAUUUGUGUAGCAUAGUGUAGUAAGUGUAGUAGGUAGUGUAGUAGUUUGUGUCUAGUGUAGCAGUAGUGUAGUAGUAGGUAUAAGUAGUAGUAGUGGUAGUAGGUAUUAGUGAUAGUUAGUAGUGUAGUAGUAGUGUAGCAGUAGUGUAGUGAGUAGUAUUAGUAGUAGUGUAGUAGUAGUGAACAGUAGAGUGUAGUAGUAGUAGUAUAUGUAGUGUGUGUAGUUCGUAGUGUGUGUGUGUUAUAAGGUAGAUAGUGUGUAGUUUGUAAAUAGUAUAAUAGUAGUAGAAGUGUGUGUAGUGUAGCAGUAGUGUAGUAGUAUUAGUAGUGUAUAGUAUAGUGUAGUAGAGUAGUAGAGUGUGCAGUAGGUAGUAGUAGUAGUAGUAGAUUAGUUAAACAGUAGUGUAGAGUAGUAGUAGUAGUAGUAUAGUAGUAGUAGUAAAUAGUAGUAGUAGUAGUAUAGUAGGUGUAGUGGUAGUACUAGUGUAGCAGUAGGGGAGUAGUGUAGUAAUAGAGUAAUGUAGUAGUAGUGUGCAGUAGUGUAGUAGAGUAGUGUAGUUGUAGUAGUUUGUAAGUGUAAUUAUUAGUGUAGCAGUAGGUUUAGUAGUAUAAUUUGGUAGUGUAUAGUAGUAGUAAUAGUUGUAGCAGUGUGUUAAAUAGUGUUUGUAGCAGUAGUAGUAGGGGGUAGCAGUAGUGUAUUAGUAGUCAUAGGGAUUAGUGUAGUAGUGUGUAGCAGUAGUGUAGGUAUUAGGGGAGUGUCGUAGUAUGAAUACGUGGGUAGUAAAAGUAGUAGUUGUGUGCGUAAAUGUAGUAGAGUGUAAAUAAGUAGUAGUAGUAGGUAGCAAAUAGUGUAUUUGUAGUAGUAGUAUAUUUGUUUGUAGUAGUGUGUUAGCAGUAAGUGUAGUAGUAUAGUAAGUAGUAGUGUAGUAGUGGUAGUAUAGUGUAGGCCAGUAGUGUGUAGAGUAGUGUAGUAAUGGUAGUAGUAGUGUAGCAGUAGUGUAUGUAGUAGUAGUAGUAGGGAAAUAGUAUAUGUAAUAUUAGUGUAGCAUAGUGUAGGGAGUGUAGUAGUAGUAGUAGGUAGAAUAUUAGUAUAGUGUUAGCCCGUAUGUGUAGUAGUGUGUAGUAGUUAGUAUAGUAGGUUAGUGUAGUAUUUGUUGUAGUAGUAGUGUAGUGUAGUGCAGUAGUAGAGAAGUAGUUGUAGUAGUAGUAGUAGUAGUAAUAGAGUGAAGUGUGUAGUAGUGUAGCAGUAGUGUAGUAGUAUUAGUGUGUAGUAGUAUAGUUAGUGUAGUAGUGUAGUAGUGUCGCAGUAGUGUAAGUUGGAGUAAGUAGUAGUUAGUAGUGUAGGGUAGGGUAGUAGUAGUAGUUUGUAGUAUAGUAGUGUAGUAGUGUAGUGUGUUGUAGUAUUUGUACUAGUUUUAGCGUGUGUAGUAUUGUAGUUAUUGUAUAUAGUGUGCAGUAGUGUAGUAGUAGUAGUAGUGUAGAGAGUGUGUAAUGAAGUGUAGCGUAGUGUUUGUAGUAGUGUAAGUGUAGUAGUUAGUAGUGGGUGUAGUAGUUUGUGAAGUUUGUAGUAGUGGUAGUAGUGGUGUAGAGUGGUGUCAGUUUGUAGUAGUAGUAGUAGUUGUAGUAGUAGUAGUAGUAGUGUAGUAGUAGGGAGAGUAGUAAAUAGUAGUAGUAGUAGUAAACAGUAUGUAGUAGUAUGUAGUAGUAGUAUAGUAGUAGGUAGUAGUAUUAGUGUAGUAGUAGUAGUAGUAGUAGUAGUAUAGUAUCAGUAGUAGUUUAGCAGUAGUUAGUGUAGGUAGUACAGUGUAGCGGGGAAAGGGGCAGUAGUAAGUAUUGUAGAGAGUAUUGUAGUAGUAGGUAGCAAAUAGUGUAGUAUAGUAGAAGUAGGUAGAGUAGUAGGUAGUUAGUAGUGGUAGUAGUGUUGCAGUAGUGUAGUAGUAGUGUAGUAGUAGUAGUAGUAGUGUAGCAGUAGUGUAGUAGUAGUUAGUAGUAUAGUAGUAGUAGUGUAGUAGUAGUGUAGCAGUAGUGUAGUAGUAGUAGUAGUGUAGCAGUAGUGUAGUAGUAGUAGUAGUAGUAGUGUAGUUAGUAGUAGUAGUGCAGUAGUAGUGUAGUAAUAGUAGUAGUAGUAGCAGUAGUGUAGUAGUAGUAGUAGUAGAAGUAGUAGUGUAGUAGUAGUAGUAGUAGUAGUAGUAGUUGUAGCAGUAGUGUAGUAGUAGUGUAUUAGUAGUAUAGUAGUAGUGUACUAGUAGUAGUGGUAGUGUAGUAGUAGUAGUAGUAGUAGUAGUAGUAGUAGUGUAGCAGUAGUGUAGUAGUAGUAGUGUAGUAAUAGUAGUAGUGUAGUAGUAGUGUAGUAGUAGUAGUAGUAGUGUAGCAGUAGUGUAUUAGUAGUAUAGUAGUAGUAGUGUAGUAGUAGUGUAGCAGUAGUGUAGUAGUAGUAGUGUAGUAGUAGUGUAGCAAUAGUGUAGUAGUAGUAGUAGUAGUGUAGUAGUGUAGUGUAGUAGUAGUGUAGUGUAGUGCAGUAAGUAGUAGUGUAGUAGUAGUUUGUAGUAGUAUAGUAGUAGAAUGUAGUAGUUGUAGCAAGUGUAGUAGUAUUAGUAGUGUAGUAUAUAAGUAGUGGUAGUUUGUAGUAUAGUAGUAUGUGUUGAUAGUAGUGUAUGUAGUUGUAUUUUUAGUAGUAGUAUUGUAGUAGUGUAGAUUAGUUUUAGUUAGUAGUUAUAUUGUUUGAUCGUGUUGUAGUGUAUAUUAUGUCGUCAGUUUUUAGUUGUGUUUGUGUAAGUGUUUAGUGUGUUUGUAAGUAGUGUUUUCGUUGUUUGUUAGUGUUCCUUGUUUAGUAGUAGUGUGAAGUGUGUUGAUAUAGUGUAGUGGUAGUGUAGUAUAGUAGUGUAGUAGUGUAUAGUAGUAGUGUAGUAUGUAGUGUCAGUUGUAUUUUAGCGGAGCUGGGCAGUAGUGUGAGUGUGUAGUAGUAUUGUGUAGUAGGUAGAGUAGUGUGUAGUAGUAUAGUAGUAUUAGUAAGUAGUGUAGUAUAGUUGUAGUGUAGUGGUAGUAGGGGCAGUAGUGUAGUAGUGUGUAUAGUAGUAGUAGUAAGUGUAGUGUGGUAGUAGUAGAUAGUAGUAGUAGGUGUGUAGUAGUAGUGUAGCAGUAUGUGUAGUAGUAGUAGUUAGUGUAGCAGUAGUGUAGUAGUAGUAGUAGUAUUUGUAGUGUAGUAGUAGUGUGCAGUAGUAGUGGUAGUAGUAUUUGUAGUAAAUAGCAGUAGUUUUAUAGUAGUAGUAAAGUAGUAGUGUAGUUAGUAGUAGUAGUAUAGAUGUUAGCAGUAGUUAGUAGUAGUAGUGUUUAGUAGUAUUUGUAGUAGUGUCUAGUAGUAGUGGUAGUGUAGUAAAUAGUAGUAGUAGUAGUGUAGGGAGUAUGUGUAGCAGUAGUGUAGUAGUAGUAGUGUAGUAUAGUAGUGUGUAGUAAAUAUGUGUAGUAAGUAGUAGUAGUAGGUAGAGUAGGUAUAGCAGUAUAGUGUAUAGUAGUGUAGUAGUAGUGUAGCAGUAGUGUGUAGUAGUAGUGUUAGUGUGUAGCAAUGUGUAUAUAGUAUGUAGUAGUAGUGUGUAGUAGUAUGUGUGUAGUAGUGUAGUAGUAUGCAGUUAGUAUAGUAGUGUGUAGUAGUAGUAUAGUAUAUUAGUAAAGUGUAGAGUAGUGUAGCAGUAUUGUAGUGUAUAGUAGUUUUUAGUAAAAGUAGUGUUGUAUAUGUAUUGUGUAUUUGUAUAGUGGUAGUGUAUUUAUGUUUUAUUUUAUUAGUAUGUGUGUAUAAGUGUGUAGUAUAGUGUGUGUGUUUUUAGUGUUGUUGUAGUGUUUAUUGUGUGUUGUGUGAUUGUUUUUUGUGGUUUUAGGUAGUAGUAUUGUAGUGUGCCGUGUCGUUUGAUAUUUGUGUAGUCUGUUUGUAGUGGUUAGUUAGGGUAGUAGUAGUAGUAGUAGUAGUAGUAGUAGUAGUAGUGAUAGUAAUGUAGUAGUAGUGUUGAUAUUAGUGUAGUAGAGUGAUAGUAGUGUAGUAUUUUAGUAGUAGUCUGGUAGUAUUGUUAUAGUAGUGUAGUAGUAGUAUGAUAGUGGUGUAGUAGUAGUAUGAUAGUACUGUAGUAGUAGUGUGAAUGUAGUGUAGUAGUAGUGAUGAUAGUACUUUAGUAGUAGUGAAGUAGUUGUGUGAUAGCAGUAGUAGUUUGAUAGUAGUGUUGAUAGUAGUGCGAGGAGAGAGGAUGCGAGGAGAGAGGAUGCGAGGAGAGAGGAUGCGAGGAGAUGAAUUGAAAUGGAGCCAUAAAUUGUCUCUAGAUCCUGCACACUCAGCUCAAUCGCCUCUAAUCAGGUACACACACACACCACACACACACACCACACACACACACACACACACACACACCACACACACACACCACACACAAACACACACACACACAAACACACACACCACCACACACACACACACACACACACAAACACACACACCACACAGCUCACUGUUCUAAUUCUUUGUAAGCCCAUUAAUGCUACUCCUCUGGUUAAAUGCUGCUCCCAGCACACACACCUCAGGAGAGACAGGAUCCAGGGUGUAUGUGUGUGUGCGGUGUGUGUGUGUGUGUGUGUGUGCGAUGGCCUCAUUAUUAUCCAUGUUCCUAAUCCCCUAAAUCCUCUUCAGGGUCAGAGCCAGCGUUUCAGUGAUCCUCUAGCCAAGACACCCGGAAUAUUACCUGGAAUAAUUCAACCGCUCCAAAACCUUUCUAGGCGGGAUUCAACGUUUGGGAGUGUGUGGUGUGUGUCAGUGGGUCAGAGCCAAGGGGUUUCCGUGAUGAUGAGCAAGCACCCUGGUUGGUGGACGGUGCCGCUGCUGGAGUUCUGUGUGUAGUAAGAAACGAAGGGCAUGUCUUUGGCUAUCUGGGGACAGGAUUAACCGAGCAACAGGUGAGUUAGAGGAGCUACUUCUGAAAUAUCAAGAUUCAUGUUGUUAUGUUGUUGUUGCUUGAUAAGUAUUUGCUCCGGGCCUUGGGCCUUUAACCAUGAGGUUGGUUGAUAUUCCAAUAACCCCAUUUACUGUGUAUUCCGUUCUAUUGAGGAUAGAUCAUUUAUUUGUUAUGUUUGUAGCGUGGAUUCAUUUGCGAGUGUUUUUUAUGAUUUGAUGUUGCAAUGACUCCUUCCUUGUUCCUUUGGAAUCAUGUAUCUGUUCAACCUAAUUGAUGAGUUAUUAGUUAAUUCAAUAACUCCUCCUUCAGUCUGUCAGGUUGUAUAGGAAGGUCAUAUCCACCAUUUAGCUCUGAUUGGUUUGGAAGCCUUUGAUCCAAAUUAAUAUAUUGUACUUCUUUCUCUGAAUGAACUCAUGCUUCUAACCAUUAUGUAAUAUUGAGUGAUCAUCAUAUUGAUCGUAUAUGAUGGAUUUCUCUGAAUGUUACCUGUUAUGUUUAUUGGCUUUAGCUCUAUUAAGUUGAUUAAUAGUGACAUACAUCAAAGCUCUAUUUCCACCAAUCAGAUGCCUCCGUUGGGAGGCCGAGUUAUUUUUGUCCAAUCAGAUGCUAGGGUUGUAUCACAUAGCUGAUAAGCACUGAGUGAGUGUGAGAGACAGAGAGAAAGAGAGAGAGCGACAGAGACAGAGAGAACGGGCAGAGGACUGCACUGUCAUGUCUUUGUAAGCCUGUUGCCUAGCAACAAACCCUCCCUCAAAGUCUCAAGCAGCAAACCCUUCUUCAAUGUCUGUAGCAGCAAACCCUUCCUCAAAGACUCUAGCAGCAAACCCUUCCUCAAAGACUCUAGCAGCAAACCCUUCCUCAAAGUUUCUGGCAGCAACCCUUCCUCAAAGACUCUAGCAGCAAACCCUUCCUCAAAGUCUCUAGCAGCAACCCUUCCUCAAAGACUCUAGCAGCAACCCCUUCCUCAAAGUUUCUGGCAGCAAACCCUUCCUCAAAGUCUCAAGCAGCAACCCUUCCUCAAAGACUAUAGCAUCAAAACCUUCCUCAAAACUCUACCAGGAACCCUUCCUCAAAGUCUGUAGCAGCAAACCCUUCCUCAAAGUAUCUAGCAGCAACCCUUCCUCAAAGUCUCUAGCAGCAACCCUUCCUCAAAGUAUCUAGCAGCAACCCUUCCUCAAAGUCUCUAGCAGCAACCCUUCCUCAAAGUUUCUGGCAGUAAACCCUUCCUCAAAGUCUCUAGCAGCAACCCUUCCUCAAAGUCUCUAGCAGCAACCCUUAAUCAAUGACUCUAGCAGCAACCCUUCCUCAAAGACUCAAGCAGCAACCCUUCCUCAAAGACUCAAGCAGCAACCCUUCCUCAAAGACUCAAGCAGCAACCCUUCCUCAAAGUUUCUGGCAGCAAACCCUUCCUCAAAGAUUCUAGCAGCAACGCCUUCCUCAAUGACUUUAGCAGCAAGCCCUUCCUCAAAGUUUCUGGCAGCAAAUCCUUCCUCAAAGACUCUACCAGGAACCCUUCCUCAAAAUCUCUAGCAGCAACCCUUCCUCAAAGACUAUAGCAUCAAACCCUUCCUCGAAGUCUCUAGCAUCAAACCCUUCGUCAAAGACUGUAAAAGCAAACACUUCAUCAAUGUCUCUAGCAGCAAACCCUUCCUCAAAGUCUGUAGCAGCAAACCCUUCGUCAAAGUCUCUAGCAGCAAACCCUUCCUCAAUGUCUCUAGCAGCAAACCCUUCCUCAAAGUCUCUAGCAGCAAACUCUUCCUCAAAGUCUCUAGCAGCAAACCCUUCCUCAAAGUCUGUAGCAGCAAACCCUUCCUCAAAAUCUGUAGCAGCAAACCCUUCCUCAAAGACUCUACCAGGAACCCUUCCUCAAAGACUCUAGCAGCAAACCCUUCCUCAAAGUCUCUAGCAGCAAACCCUUCCUCAAAGUUUCUGGCAGCAAACCCUUCCUCAAAGAUUCUAGCAGCAACCCCUUCCUCAAAGACUCUACCAGGAACCCUUCCUCAAAAUCUCUAGCAGCAACCCUUCCUCAAAGACUCUAGCAGCAACCCUUCCUCAAAGACUAUAGCAUCAAACCCUUCGUCAAAGACUGUAGAAGCAAACACUUCCUCAAUGUCUCUAGCAGCAAACCCUUCCUCAAAGACUCUAGCAGCAAACCCUUCUUCAAAGAUUCUGGCAGCAAACCCUUCUUCAAAGAUUCUGGCAGCAACCCUUCUUCAAAGUCUCUAGCAGCAACCCUUCUUCAAAGACUCUAGCAGCAACCCUUCCUCAAAGUCUCUAGCAGCAACCCUUCCUCAAGGUCUCUAGCAGCAAACCCUUCCUCAAAGUCUCUAGCAGCAACCCUUCCUCAAGGUCUCUAGCAGCAAACCCUUCCUCAAAGUCUCUAGCAGCAAACCCUUCCUCAAAGACUCUAGCAGCAACCCUUCCUCAAAGACUCUAGCAGCAACCCUUCCUCAAAGACUCUAGCAGCAAACCCUUCCUCAAAGACUCUAGCAGCAACCCUUCCUCAAGGUCUCUAGCAGCAAACCCUUCCCCAAAGUCUCUAGCAGCAACCCUUCUUCAAAGUCUGUAGCAGCAAACCCUUCCUCAAAGUCUCUAGCAGCAACCUUUCCUCAAAGUUUCUGGCAGCAAACCCUUCCUCAAAGACUCUAGCAGCAAUCCCUUCCUCAACAUUUCUGGCAGCAAACCCUUCCUCAAAGUCUGUAGCAGCAAACCCUUCCUCAAAGACUCUAGCAGCAAACCCUUCCUCAAAGACUCUAGCAGCAAACCCUUCCUCAAAGACUCUAGCAGCAAACCCUUCCUCAAAGACUAUAGCAUCAAACCCUUCCUCGAAGUCUCUAGCAUCAAACCCUUCGUCAAAGACUGUAAAAGCAUACACUUCCUCAAUGUCUCUAGCAGCAAACCCUUCCUCAAAGUCUGUAGCAGCAACCCUUCCUCAAAGACUCUAGCAGCAAACCCUUCCUCAAAGACUAUAGCAUCAAACCCUUCCUCGAAGUCUCUAGCAUCAAACCCUUCGUCAAAGACUGUAAAAGCAUACACUUCCUCAAUGUCUCUAGCAGCAAACCCUUCCUCAAAGUCUGUAGCAGCAAACCCUUCCUCAAAGUCUCUAGCAGCAAACCCUUCUUCAAAGAUUCUGGCAGCAAACCCUUCCUCAAAGACUCUGGCAGCAACCCUUCUUCAAAGUCUCUAGCAGCAACCCUUCCUCAAAAUCUGUAGCAGCAAACCCUUCUUCAAAGAUUCUGGCAGCAACCCUUCCUCAAAGUCUCUAGCAGCAAACCCUUCCUCAAAGUCUCUAGCAGUAAACCCUUCCUCAAAGUCUCUAGCAGCAAACCCUUCCUCAAAGUCUCUAGCAGCAAACCCUUCCUCAAAGUCUCUAGCAGCAAACCCUUCCUCAAAGUUUCUAUCUGAGUAUCAACUAGUUCCAGUCUCACUACUCUGAGUAUCAACUAGUUCCUGUCCCACUAUCUGAGAUAGGGCUGUUUCUUCUGACCUCACAGGAAACCAAGAGGAAGUACUUCCUGUGAUGUCAGUGAGGGUGGCCCCUGUGACCCCUGCUGGCCCAGCCCCCUCCCAGCCCCAGCCCCGCCCCCCACCACUAAUCGCUCUGCAGGAUAUGGAGGGGGAGACAGGGGAGAUGGGGGAGGCACACAGGUAAGGACCUAUAGACCUUAGAACUUAGAACAUAGAACGAUUAGUUACUGGAGUGUAACUCCAGUUCUAUGAGUGGAGCGGAGCCCCAUAGGACUUAAGGCCCUGCCGACCCUCUCUAGUCUCGCUGAAGAUAAAUAUCUCGGGAGGCUGAUUGAGGGGAAGCGUCCCCUCUUAUAGGGACACCUGUACUCCUGUUGGCUGCAGGUGUGUGCAUAAUUUUGUCUCAGGCUGAUGCUGCCUUAGGGCAGUGGGUAAACCAAUAGGAGCAGAGCUCCCCUAUGGGGCGGAGCUCCACGAUAUAGAACAUAGAACCUCGAACUGAAAUAUCAGAGAACAUUGUGUCUUAUGAUGGUGAUCUUCGUCUAGGUGUACAAGGAGGCCCGGUGUGCAGGUUCCCUUCAACAUGAACAACAGCAACAACAACGAGGAAGAGUACGAACACACACACACACACACACACAAACACACACACACACACAUACACACACACACAAACACACACACACACACACACACACACACAAACACACACACACACACACACACACACACAAACACACACACACACACACAAACACACAAACACACACACACACACACACACAAACACACACACACACACACACACACAAAUACACACACAGACCCCAUUAUGUACGAUAACAUAGUUUCCGACUCUAGUCCUGAUGUCUUAAAGGGAUUACUGCGAGAUUCUCUACGUGCAGUACGAAGGAAGUUAGCGGUUGUUUUGCAAAGCCAAUGCUAACUAGCGUUAGUGCAAUGACUGGAAGUCCACAGGUAAGGUAGCAUUGCAGUAUCCCUUUAACAAUAAUUGUCACUCUGAUCUUUCCUAGGGAGGAGAAGAAGAGGAAGAAGAAGAAGAAGAAGGAGAGGAAAGAACAAAAGGAGUAAGGACCAGAGAGAUCUCCAGAACAAUCUCCCAAAUGGCACCCUAUUCCCUAUAUAGUGCACUACUUUAGACCAGGGCCCAUAGGGUAGUGUACUAUAUAGGGAAUAGGGUCCCAUUUGGGAAGCAUCCUGUGACAUCCACUCAUCCUGACCUCUUUCUCUCUAUCAAGGAAAGAAAAACAGGAGAAAAGAGAGAAGAAAGAGGAGAAGAAGAAGGAGAAGGAGGAGAAGGAGAAGAAGGAGAAGGAGGAGAAGGAGAAGAAGGAGAAAGAGGAGAAGGCCAAAGCUGAAGCGUAAGUGUCUUCACAAAGUCCCAGCUUAGUUUUUUAUAAAGUUGACUAUGGUACAAAUCAGAACCCAAAAGAUCUGAUUCCAUGUUCCAGGAUAUCCCUGGUCUCUCUCCCUCAGGCCUAAAGAGAAUACAUCUAUCUAUUUCUCCCGUGUGUGUGUGUUGUGUGUGUGUGUGUGUGUGUGUGUGUGUGUGUGUGUGUGUGUGUGACCAGGCCUAAAGAGAUCACGGUGAUAGACCCAGCAGGUAACAUGUAUUAUAACUGGCUAAUGGUCAUCACCAUACCUGUUAUGUACAACUGGACCCUCAUCAUAGCCAGGUAACUAACACACUAAUUGGUUAAUUGUUUGAUUGAUCGAUUGAUUGAUUGGUUGGGUUGUUGAUUUAUUUAUUGAUAGAGUAGUUGGUUGAUUGAUUGAUUGAUUGAGUGGUUGGUUGUUUGAUUGAUUGAUUGAUUGAUUGACUGAUUGGUUGAUUGAUUAAUAUAUUGAUAACACUUCUAAGGACAUUCUGACUGUCUGUGUGUGUCAGGGCGAGUUUUGAGGAACUCCAGUCAGACUUUCUGAUCUACUGGUUUAUCAUUGAUUAUGUCUCUGAUGUCGUCUACGUGGCGGAUAUGGUGUUUAGGACCAGAACAGGUGAGAACACACACACUCUGCCAAAACAUAUACCUGUACGUCCCUGUGUGUGUGUGUGUGUGUGUGUGUGUGUGUGUGUUUGUGCUUUUUUGCAUCUGUCUGUCCCUGUGUAGGUUACCUGGAACAGGGUCUGUUGGUAAAGUCUGUCCCUGUGUAGGUUACCUGGAACAGGGUCUGUUGGUAAAGUCUGUCCCUGUGUGUGUAAGGUUACCUGGAACAGGGUCUGUUGGUAAAGUCUGUCCCUGUGUGGUAGGUUACCUGGAACAGGGUCUGUUGAAGGGCGUCCCUGGGUAGGUUCCUGGAAAAGGGUUUUAAUAAAACUUCACCUGGUAGGUUAACUGGAAAAAGGUUGUUGGGAAGUUUGUCAGUUGUGUACUUACCCGGAACAGGGGUUUUUGGUAAAGUCUUCCCCUUGAGGGUUACCCGGAACGGGUUUGUUGGUAAAUCUGUCCCCGUUUGGAGGUUACCUGGGAAAAGGGUCUGUUUGGUAAGUCGUCCAGUUAGGGGACCUGGAACAGGUCUUUGGUAAAAUCGUCCCCGUUAAGGUACCGGAACGGGUUGUUAGUAAGUCGUCCCUGGUAGGUUUCCCGGGAAAGGGGCUUUUUCUAAAUCUUCCCUGUGAAGGUUCCUGGAACAGGGGGCUAUUGGAAUUCUGUCCCUGGGAGGUUACCUGGAACAGGGUUUUUGGGAAAGUUGUCCCCCGUGUAGGGUUACCUGGAACAGGGUCUGUUGCUAAAACCUGUCCCUGUGUAGGUUACCUGGAACAGGGUCUGUUGGUAAGGUCUGUCACUGUGUGUUUGUUAAUUUGGGAAAAAGGAUGUUGUAAAAUCGUCCUUUUAGGUUAACUGGGAACAGGGGAUGUUGGGGAAAGUCUGUCCUGUUUUAGGUUACCCGGGGAAAAGGGUCUGUUCUAAAAUCUUUUCCCUGUUUUUAGGUUUCCGGGGAAAAGGGCGUUUCUUUAAAAACCUUCCCCGUGUAGGUUUUCCUAAACGGGUCUUAAGUAAAAACGGGCCCGUGUGGUUACCGGAAAAGGGGCUGUUUCAAACCCUGUCCCGGGGAGGUUUCCCGAACAGGGUUUUUGGUAAAGGGCUUCAUUGUGGUGUAGCUUACCCGGGAAAAGGUCUUUGGUAAAAUCUUUCCCGUGUGGGGGCUACUGGGAAAAGGGUUUGUUGGUAAAGUCUGUCCCGUGUAGGUUUUCCUGGAAAAGGGUCUGUUGUAAAAAUCGUCCCCCGGUAGGUUUCCUGGGGCAGGGGUUUUGGUAAAGUCGUCCCCGUGUAAGCUUACCGGAAAAUUUGUUGGAAAGUCUGUCCAUGGGGGUAGGUUCCCGGAACAGGGCUGUUGGUAAAAUUUCCCCUUUUUGUAGGUUCCUGGAACGGGUCGUUGGUAAGCUGUCCAGGGGUAGGACCUGGAACGGGCCGUUGGUAAUCGGGCCAUGUUGUAGGUUUCCGAACGGGGCUGUUGGGGAAAUCGUCCCGGGGGGGUAGGUUACCUGGAACAGGCGUUGGGAAAGUCGUCCAUGUUUGGUUUUGGUUUCCUGGACAGGGUCGGGUUGGGAAAAUCGUCCCUGUUUUGUGUAGGGUUUCCCGGAAAAAGGGUCGUUGGUAAAGUCUGUCCCUUUGUUAGGUACCUGGAACAGGGUUUUGGUAAAGUCUGUCCCGUUUUUAGGUUACCUGGAAAAGGGGGGGUUUUGGUAAGGUCUGUCCCCGUGGGUAGGGGCCUGGAAAAGGGGAAAGUUAGAAAAUCUGUCCUCUGAGUAGGUUAACUGGAAUAAGGGAUUUGGUAAAAUUUGUCAUGUGUUUGUAGUUACUGGGAAAAGGUUGUUGGUAAAUCUGUCCCGUGCUAGGUUCCUGGGAAAAGGUUGUUUGGGAAAGUUGUCCCUGUUUUAGUUACGGAACGGGGUUUUUUGGGGAAAAUCUGCCUGUGUAUUUCCCGGAACGGGGCGGGUAAAAUCUGUCCCUUUUAUAGGGUUUUCCUGGGAAAAGGGUCGUUUUGUAAAUUCGUCCCUGUGUAGGUUACCUGGAACAGGUCUUUGCUAAGCUGUCCCGUGUAUGGUUACCUGAAAAGGGUCUUUGGGAAUGUCGUCCCCGUGUGGUUCCUGGAACAGGGUUUCCGGUAAAUUUUGUCCCUGUGUAGUUACCGGCAGGGUCUGUUCUAAAGUCUGUCCCUGGAGGUUACCUGGAAAGGGCUGUGGUAAGGGCGAGUGGUUUGUUAAUUGGGAAAAAGGUAUGUUGGAAGUUGUCCUGUGUGGGUUAAAAUGGGAAAAGGGAUGUUGGGAAAGCUGUCCCGUUUUAGGGGACCUGGAACAGGGUCUGUUCGUAAAAUCUGUCCCGUUUUUAGGUUACCUGGAAAGGGGCGUUGCUAAACCUUCCCGUUAGGGUUUCCUUUAACAGGGUCGUAUUAAGUUGUCCUGGUAGGGUUUCCGGGGAAGGGGCGUUGUAAAACCCUUCCGUGAGGUUACCGGAACGUCUUUGGGAAGGUUGUCUUGUUGUGUGCUUACCUGGAAGGUCUUGGGAAAGUCUGUCCCUGGUGGUACUACCUGGAACAGGUCGUUGGUAAAGUCUGUCCCUGUUAGGGUUCCUGGAAAAGGGUCUGUUGGAAAUAUGUCCCUGUGGAGGGUUUCUGGAAAAGGGGCUGGGGUAAAUCUGUCCCUGUGAUAGCUUACCUGGAACGGCUUUGGAAAGGUCCAUGGGUGAGUCCUGGAACAGGUCCCCGUUUGGGAAAUAUGUCCCUGUGUAGGGACUGGGAAAGGGUCUUUGGGAAAACUGUCCCUGUGAGGUUACCUGGAAAGGGUCGUUUGGUAAAGUAUGCCAUGGUAGGUUCCUGGAACAGGGUCGUUGUAAUCUGGCCCUUGAGGGUUACCCCGGAACAGGGGUUUUUGGUAAAAUUGUCCCGUGUAGGUUACCUAAACGGGUUGUUGCUAAAGUUGUCCCUGUGUAGGUUACCUGGGCAGGGUCUGUGGAAAGGGUUCCCCGGUUUUUAGGGUUUAAAUGGAACAGGGUCGUUGGUAAAAACGUCCCUGUUAGGUUACCCGGGAAAAGGGCUGUUGGUAAGUAGUCCAUGUGUAGGUUACCUGGACGGGUCUGUUGGUAAGGUCUUCCCCCGUGAGUUACCCGGAAAAGGGGGCUUUGGUAAAAAUCGCCCGGGUGUAGGGUUCCUAAAGGGCUUUGGUUUAAGUCGUCCCGUUGGGGUUUUCCGGAACAGGGGGCUGUUAGUAAAGUCUGUCCCGUCGAGGUUACCGGGGAAAAGGGUCUGUGGUAAGUCGUCCCGGGGAGGUUACCUUGAACGGUCGUUUUAAAAAUCUGUCCUGUGUAGGUUCCCGGAAAGGGUCUGUUGGUAAAUCUGCCCUGUGGGAGGGGUUUCCCGGAACGGUCUGUUUGGUAAACCCCGCCCCGUGUAGGUUACCUGGAACGGUUGUUGGGAAAAACCCUGCCCUGUGUGGUACUUACCUGGGCAUCUGUUGGUAAAGCUGUCCAGUGUAGGUUAACUGGAAAAGGGUCUGUUGGGAAGUCCGUCCCCUGUGUAGGUUUUCCGGAACAGGGCCGUUUGGUAAAGUCUUCCCGGGUGUAGGGGUUUCCUGGAACGGUUGUUUGGUAAAAAUCGUCCCUGUGUGUAGGUUUCCUAAAAAGGGCUGUUGGGAAGUUUGGCCCUGUGUGGUUACCUGGCAGGCUGUUUGGGAAAGUCGUCCGUUGGUAGUUUCCUGGAAAGGUUGUUGGUAAAUCUGUCCAUUGUGUAGGUUACCUGGAAAAAGGGUCUGUUGGUAAAAAUAUGUCCCCCUUUUAGGUUCCGGAACAGGGGCUGUUGGUAAGGCUUUCCCUGUGGGUUUUUCCCGGGCAGGGGCUGUGGUAAAUAAAGUCCCCUGGUUGGUUACCGGAAAAGGGGAUGUUGGGAAAAUCGUCCCGUGUAGGUACCUGGAACAGGGGUUUUUUUUAAAGUAUUCCAGUUAGGUUACCGGAAAAAGGGUCGUUGCUAAAGUCUGUCCCGUGUAGGGUUUCCUGGAACAGGUUUUUGUUGUAAGGUCCCCGGGUGUAGGUAAAUGGAAAAAGGGUCUGUUGGGGGAAGUCUGUCCCUGGCGUAGGUUACCUGGAACAGGGCUUUUGGGAAAUCGUCCCUUGUGAUUACCUGGAAAGGGGCUUUGGUAAAUCGUUCCCCUUUUUAGGUUUCCUGGAAAAGGGGCUUUGGUAAAGUCGUCCCUGGUGGAGGUUACCUAACAGGGUCUGUUGUAAAGCUGUCCCGGCGUAGGGGACCUGGAACAGGGUCUGUUGGUAAAGUCUGUCCAUGUGUGUAGGUUACCUGGAACAGGGGCUGGGUUGGAAAGUCUCCCUGUUAGGUUCCUGGGAAAAGGGUCUUUUGGAAAAUAGUCCCCCUUUUUGGUUACCUGGAACAGGGCUUUGGUAAAGCUGUCCCCGUUUGUAGGGUUUCCCGGAACGGGUCUGUUGGGGGUCGUCCCGGUACUUUCCCGGAAAAGGUCUGUUGGUAAAGUCUUUAUUUUGGUGAGGUUACUGGAAAAGGGCUUUUUAAGGUCGUCAUUGUUUUAAACCCGGAAAGGGUCUGUUGGAAAUCUGCAUUUUGUAGGGACCUGGGGCGGGGUUUUUGGAAGGGCGUCUGUGUUAGGGUUUCCUGGAACAGGGUCUGUUUGGGAAACCCUGUCCCGGGUGUAGGUUACCUGAAAAGGGUCUGUUGGGGAAAGUCUGUCCCUGUGUGUAGGGUUUCCGGGGAAAGGGUUUUUGGGAAAUUGUCCCUGUGUAGGGUUUCCUGGAAAAGGGUUGUUUUUUAAAAUCGUCCCUGGUAGGGGGCCCAAAAGGGGCUGUUGGGAAAUCGGUUUUCCCCGUUAGGUUACCUGGAACGGGCUGUUGGGAUGUCUGUCCCUGUGUGGUUCCUGGAAAAGGGUCUGUUGCUAAAGUUUGUCCGUGAGGUUACCUGGAACGGGGCUGUUGGUAAAUCGGGCCCUAGUGGUUAAAUGAAAGGUCUGUUGGUAAAUCGUCCCUGUGGUGAGGUUUCCGGAAGGGUCUUUUGGUAAAGUCUGUCCCUGUUAUAGGUUUUCCGGAAAAGGGUCGUUGGUAAAGUCGCCCUGUGUUCGGGGACCUGGGAAAAGGGGGCGUUGGUAAGGGCGGGCCCUGUGUAGGUUCCUGGCAGGGUAUUUUGGUAAUUGUCCCUGUUUCAGGUUAAAAUGGAAAAAGGUCGUUGGUAGGUCUGUCCCUUGUGGGUUUCCUGGGAAAAGGGUAUGUUGGUAAAAUUGCCCCUGUGUUGGUUCCUGGAACAGGGGGUGUUGGUAAAAUCUGUCCCUUGUUGAGGUUUCCUGGAACAGGGGGCUCAGGUAAAGUUGUCCCGGUGGGGAGUUUCCUGGAACAGGGGGCUGUUGGUAAACUGCCCUGUGAGGUUACCCGGGAAAAGGGCUGUGUAAAAACUUCCCUUGUAGUUCCUGGAAAAAGGGGCUGUUGGGUAAGUCUGUCCCGUGUAGGUACCCGAAAGGGUCUGUUGUAAGUCUGUCCCGGGGGGUUACCUAAAGGGUCGUUGGAAAAUCGUCCCCGUGUGGGGGCUUACCUGGAAAGGGGCUGUUUGGGAAAGUUGUCCAUGUUAGGUUUUCCUGGAACAGGGUGUUGGUAAAACGUCCCGUGUGUGUAGGGUUCGGAAAAAGGGUCUUUGGUAAACCUGUCCCCCUGUGUAUAGGUUACCUGAAAAAAGGGUCGUGGAAAAGUCUGUCCCUGUGUGGGACUUCCUGGACGGGUCGGGUUUGGGAAAGUCGUCAUGUGUAGGUUCCGGAACAGGGCGUUGGAAAGCUGUCUUGUGUGUAGGGGGGUUUCCCGGAAGGGCUGUUGGGAAAUUGUCCCUGUUAGGGUUACCUGGCAGGGUCGGGGGAAAGCUUCCUGUGUAGGGACCGGACAGGGGGCUGUAGGAAAGUCUGCCCUGUGGGAGUUACCUGGAACGGGGCUUUUGGGAAGUCUGUCCCGUGAGGUUACCUGGAACGGUCUGUUGUAAAGUCUGUCCUGUGUGGUACUUACCUGAACGGGGCUGUUGGUAAGUCGUCCAGUGUAGGGUUUCCCGGAAAGGGUCGUUUUGGAAAGUCUGCCUGUGUGUGGGUUACCUGGAACGUCUGUUGAAAACUGUCCCUGUUUAAAGGUUUCCGGGAACGGGGCUUUGGGAAAGUCUUUCCCCGUUUUCAGGUACCGGAACAUAUCUCAGUAAAGUUGUCCCUUUUUGGAGGGUUACCUGGAACAGGGCGUUUUUAAGUUCCCCCGUGUGGUAGCCCCCGGGGGCAGGGCUGUUGGAAAAAUUGUAUGUUAGGUUACCUGGACAGGGGCGUUGGAAAAACUUCCCCGGUGGUGUUUUUGGAACAGGGUCUGUUUUGGGAAAUUUUCCCCUGGAAGGGUUUUCCUGGAACAGGUUUUGGGGGAAAUCGUCCUUGGGGGGUAGCUUACCUGGAAAGGGUUGUUGGUAAAUCUGUCCCUGUGAGGUUACCUGGAACAGGGUCUGUUUUUAAAGUCGUCCCUGGUGUAGGUUCCUGGAACGGGUCUGUUGGGGGAAAUUGCCCGGUAUAGGGUUUCCUGGAACGGGUUUGGUAAAGUCGUCCCUGUGUAGGUUCCUGGAACAGGGUCCCGUAGGUAAAAAUGUCCCUGGUGGGUUUCCCCGACAGGGUAUGUUGGUAAAGUCCCGUCCAUGUGUAGGUUACCUGGAACAGGGUUGUUGGGAAAGUCUUUCCCUGUGUGGUAGGGGUUAACCGGAACAGGGUCUGUUUGGGAAAUUGUCCCGUUAUAAAGGGUUUUUCCCGGAAAAGGGUUUUUUGGGAAAAUCUGUCCCCGUGUUUAGUUUUCCUGGAACAGGGUCGUUGGGAAAAUCUGUCCCCGUGAGGUUCCUGGAACGGGGCUGUUUGGGAAAAUCUGUCCCGUUGGUAGCUUCCUGGAACAGGGGCGGGGGAAAAAUUGUCCCGUGUGGUUUUCCUGGAAAAGGGUUGUUUGGAAAUCUGUCCCUGGUUUACCUUUUCAGGGUUCUGUUUGGGAAAUUCCCGUCCCCCUUGUGUGUAGGGUUCCCGGAACAGGGGCGGUUGGUAAAGUCUGUCCCGGUAAAGGUUCCCGGAACAGGGUCUGUUGGUAAGUUUCCUUUUGGGGGUUACCGGAACAGGGCUGGGUAAGCUGUCCCGGUGGUAGUUACCCGAAAGGGGCUGUUGGAAAGUCUGCCAGGUAGGUUCCGGAAAGGUCGUUGGUAAAAUUGUCCAGUGUAGGUUACCUGGAAAAGGGUCGUUUUGGGAAGUCGUCCCUGGUGGGUUUCCUGGAACAGGGGGCUGUUGGGAAAAAGUUUUUUUUGGGGGGGUAGGUUCCUGGAACGGGGGUUUUUGGUAAACUGUCCCCUGUAUAGGUUUUCCUUGAACAGGUCUUCUGGUAAAGAGUCCCGGUGGGGGUUUUUGGACAGGGUCUUUGGGAAAUCUUUUCCCCCGUGUGGUUUUACCGGAAAAAGGUCGUUUUGGAGGGCUGUUGUUAGGGUUACCCCUGGGCGGGGUUUGGGGAAAGUCCGUCCCUUUUUAGGUUACCCGGAAAAGGGGAUGUUUUUGGGAAGGCGUCCCGUGUAGGUUACCUGGAACAGGGGAGUUGGUAAAGUCUGUCCCCUGUGUUAGGUACUGGGGAAGGGUAUUUGGUAAAGUCUGUCCCUUGUUUUAGGGUUUCCCUGGAAAAGGGUCUAGGUAAGUAGUCCCUGUGGGUACUUUCCCGGAAAGGUUGUUGGUAAAGUUUGUCCAUUGGGGGUUACCUUGGAACAGGUCUUUGGUAAAGUUGUCCCUUGUAGGUUACCUGGGAACAGGGGGUGUUGGUAAAUCGGGCCGUGUUGGUUACCUGGAACAGGGUUUUGUUGGUAAAGUCGUCCCCCGGGAGGUUUCCCGGAACAGGGGCGUGGGGAAAUCGGCCCCCCGUUUGGUGCUUACCCGGAACGGGUUUUGGUAAGUCUGUCCCUGUGUAGUUACCUGGAACAGGUUGUUUUGGGAAAAUCGUCCCUGUGGUGUGGUUACCUGGAACAGGGUCGUUUGGGAAAGUCUGUCCCUGGAUAGGUUACCUGGAACAGGGUUGUUGGAAAGCGUCCCUGUGUUUAGGUUGCCUGGAAAGGUCUGUUGGUAAAAUUGCCCGUGAGGUUUAUGGAACAGGGGGCUGUUGGUAAAGUCUUUUCCCCGUGUGGUAGCUUACCUGGGCAGGGUCUUUGGUAAUCUGUCCAUGUGAGGUUACCUGGGAAAGGGCUGUUGGUAAAAUUUUCCCUUUGGGGAGGGUUUCCCGGAACGGGUCUGUUUGGUAAAGUUUCCCUGUUGUAGGUUACCGGGGAAAAGGGUUGUGGUAAAGUCCCUGUCCCCGGGAGGUUUAAAGGGGAAAGGGUUUUGUUGGUAAAUCCCUGUCCCGUGUAUAGGUUACCCGGAACAGGGUCUUUUUUAAAAUCCGCCUGUGAGGUUACCCGGAAAAGGGGCUGUUGGAAAGUUUUUCCCCUUUUAUGGUUACCUGAAAAGGUCUGUUUGGGAAGGCGGCCCUUUUAGGUUUCCUGGGGCAGUGUUGUUGGUAAAGUCUGUCCCUGUGUAGGUUACCUGGAACAGGGUCUGUUGGUAAAGUCUGUCCCUGUGUGGUAGCUUACCUGGAACAGGGUCUGUUGGUAAAGUCUGUCCCUGUGUAGGUUACCUUGAACAGGGUCUGUUGGUAAAGUCUGUCCCUGUGUAUAGGUUACCUGGAACAGGGUCUGUUGGUGAAGGAUCAGAAGAAGCUGAGAGAUCGCUACAUAAACAGCCUCCAGUUUAAACUCGACCUGAUCUCCAUGAUCCCCACUGACGUCUUCUAUCUUUACUUUGGACUCAACUACCCCGAGAUUCGACUCAACAAGCUGUUCAGAAUCAACAGGUGAGUCAACAAGAGAUGCUACUCAACAAGCUGUUCAGAAUCAACAGGUGAGUCAACAAGAGAUACUACUCAACAAGCUGUUCAGAAUCAACAGGUGAGUUAACUAGAGUCUGUUCAGAAUCAACAGGUGAGUCAACUAGAAAUACGACUCAACAAGCUGUUCAGAAUCAACAGGUGAGUUAACUAGAGUCUGUUCAGAAUCAACAGGUGAGUCAACUAGAAAUACGACUCAACAAGCUGUUCAGAAUCAACAGGUGAGUUAACUAAAGUCUGUUCAGAAUCAACAGGUGAGUUAACUAGAGUCUGUUCAGAAUCAACAGGUGUGUAACUAGAGAUAUGAAUGCAUCAUUCAUUAAUGUCUCGCCAUGUUAUCACUAGGAUGUACAUUUUAGUCAUUCAGCAGACGCUCCUAUACAGAGAGACUUACAGUUAGUGCAUUCAGCUUCAGAAGCUAGGUGGGGACCAACCAAAUAUCACAGUUAGUUCAGUCAUCUUCAGAUAAGCUAGAUGGGACACCAACAUAUCACAGUUAGUCAUCAUCUUCAGAUAGCCUAGAUGGGACCCACAACAUAUCAACAGUUAGUUCAUCAUCUUCAGAUAGCUAGGUGGGACCACCAAUAUCACAGCGUAGUUAAGUACCGAUUUACAAGAAGUCGGAAGUCGAAAGUAAUUACAAGGACAAGAAGCGAGCGCAAAGGGCGAGACGAGGGGGGGGGGGGGGAGUACGGGACUGGGAGGUAGGCCGAAUGGAGGCGACGCACGAGGCGUACGGAGGCGAGAGAAACCGACGGGGUGGCGAGGCGGACGAGAGGCUAACGCGACUGGAGUGCGACGAGCCGCGAGGGAGGGACAGGCGACUGCGGACGCGACUGGACUGGGAGGAGAGGCGACGCGACGCGACGGAGGCGAGAGAGCGAGGGGGAUGCGAGGACGCGACGUGAGGGACGCGGCGGGAGGAGGACGCGACUCGACGGGAGGCGACGCGACUGCGGACGGGAGGAGACGCGACGCGACGGGAGGAGGGUCGACGCUUACGGGACGGGAGGGCUGGAGGAGACGGGAGGAGGCGACGCGACAGGAGGAGAGAGACGCGGCGGGAGGCAAAGCGACGCGACGGGAGGAGCACGGGAGGCGACGCGAUGGGGAGAGGCGACGCGACGGGAGGCGACGCGAGGGAGGCGAGCGGACGCGACGCGCAGCGACGGCGGAUAGGCGAGGCGACGGGAGCGAGGCGACGCGACGGGAGGAGACUAGCGCGACGGGAGGCGAUGUGGACCCGACUCUAGGGAGUUGGAGUGCGCCUACUUUAGGCUCCGCGACGGGACUGAGUGGCGCGCGGACGGUAGGCGAAGCAGACGGGAGGAGAGGCUCCAGCGACUUAUAUACGUCUACGGGAGUCUACUUGACUUCGACGUAGGCUACGCGAAUGGGGAUACUCUACUGUAGGCGACGUUACCUGUACUUUAUUCUACCCUACACUCUGAAAAAAGGGUUACAAAGGGUCUCUGUGGGCUGUCCCCAAAAGGAGAACUAUUUUUGGUUCCAUGUAGAACCUUUUUGGUUCCAGUGGUAGAACUCUUUUUGGUUCCAGUAGAAACUUUUGGGGUUCCACGUAGAACCCUUUGUUUAAAAAUGGUUCGUCAGGAACCAAAAGGGGGUCUUCAAAGGGUUCUCCUAUCUGGAAAGCCAAAUAAACCUUUUUUUCUAAGAGUGUACUAUACUUUAGAGGAGUUGGAGUUCUCCCAGAGGAAGAGAAAUCUUAACAAAGUACAAAAUGUGAGGGGUAUAGACCAUACCUCAUUACUCGCGCGGAGAUGCUCUCUCCGCAGUCUCUCGUAUUAAGAUCGAGAGAGAGAGCGGAGAGAGAGAGAGAGAGAGAGAGAGAGGAGAGAGAGAGAGAGAAACAGAAACGCCCAGAGAGAGAGAGAGAGAGAGAGAGAGAGAGAGAAGAGGAGAGAGAGACGAGCUCUCUCUCUCUCUCUCUCCUCUUCUCUUACCUCCAUCGAUCCAUUCAUCCCUCCAUCUCUCUCGAUGUUAUACCAGGAUGUUGGAGUUCUUCCAGAGGACAGAGACUAGGACCAAUUUCCCCAACGUUCUGCGUAUCUCCAACCUUGUCAUGUGACAUCGUCAUCAUCCUACACUGGGAACGCAUGUCUCUACUACUCCUUCUCAAGGUACACACCACACACACGGGCACACACACACACAAACACACACACACACACACACACACACACACACACACACACACACACACACAACACACACAACACCACCACCACACACACACACCACUGGACCUCAUUGUCUCUACUCCUCCUUUCUCUUCUUAGUGAAUGCGUGUUGUUUGUCUUGAUUCCACAGACAUUGAGUUGAGGAUAAAGACGUGACGCGAGGAUAGAAGAAUAAAUAGUAAGCAGGAAAUAAAAAACUACAAAAAGAGAGACAAUGAAACACUGAAAACCUGGCUAGAGCAGGGUUCGGACCGGAGAUAAAGAUACACGUACACUGUGUUAUAGAUAGAAGUCUUGUUCCGAACCCAGACACGACUCACUGAAUCCUUCUCCCUCUGAGUUUGAGGCACCCGUAUUACCGGCUCCGGUACUUCUUACUAUUCUGGAGUGAGGUUUACGGAGCGCUACCGACUCAUGCCUAAUAAUGGUGUGCUCGCAGUGAUUCAGCCUCCUACUCCUUCUAAACUUUUCACUGUAUGUCCCAGUCAGUACGGGAAGGUGUCCCCCGUUGAAAAAAUCCCUGUAUGUGCUGUAAAAUGCGCGGUAUUUUGGUUCUCUUCAUUCAGUGUUUUUUUUGUUGUUAUUUUUUUUUGUUGAUUUACCCCUCUUGUUUUCCACCCUAUUGCUUUUCCCCUUGGUUCUACACUUUUGCCGCAUUCUGAUCUACCUCAAGACCCAGCUAGGACUGUAACAGAUGUAUAAAUCCCAAUUGUCCAGCAUGACGAGUCACAUGCUCUUUUUAGGCUACAUACAGUUGAUCAUUUCCUACCGCCCCCCAUAACCUUAUAAUUCAUUAAAGUGUACUCAUAGUCAUUAUAGAGUCCAUAUUGAUCGUCACUCUACUAUAGCCACGCCUGUUCGCUAUAAACAGUAAUUGGUUAUGAUCUAAUUAAUAACAUACACUUCGUGGACUAUUCAUGUAACGUUAUAAUAAUAUAUUAAUUAUGUUUUAGUCCACAUUAUGUUCAUUACGUCACUUCCUAUCCCCCCAUAUCCCUUUCCCCUCUCCUUGUUAAUAUCACCCCACCCCCCCCGUCCAAAUAUUAUAGUCCAUCUAUCACCUAUGUACUAUUCUAACUACUAGUAAUGCUAUAGUAAUCAUUAGGAAUAUUGUUCAGUAUUCUUAUAGCCUUUAAUACCUACUCGCUCACUUAUAAAUAUUCGUAAUUAUAUAGUAUUAUUAAUUUUGACCAGUUAGUAGCCAAUACCACCUUAAUUUCCUUACUCAGUAAUAAAUAGCUAUGGAGUAUAGUAAUACCAUUUGUGAUACCUCUUCCUCAAAUGCAGUACUUGCCCUUGCCGCGACCCCCUGACUCUCACCUGUCCCCAUCGGAUCCGAUGACCCCUCUCCGCCCCCACCAUGCUACCGAAAUACCGACGAGUACCCUAUCCCUCGUGGGAUCAUUAUUAAUGUCCCCCAUCUCCUGAUCUGGGGUGCUUAAAGCUUACUAAACGCUAGGCGAUGAUGCUAGACUCUCCUACUUACCCCGGGACGCCCUCGCAGAUGCUCCUAUCCCCCUCGCCACCCAUCCUCUGUCUGUACCUCUUGAGCUUGCAGGGUACGCUUGCACCUGGCGUGUUGUUUCCAGCCCUAACACUACCUCGAUCAUUGCCCUAGACCAUACUUUAUCAGUGACUCGGUUGUAGCAGUGCAGUAUGCUGAGACGCUUAGGUUGAGUCUGACUUUGAUGGCAUUUGGUCAGAGCGGAUCAUCAUACAUAGCCUAGGUGGGAACUCUUCGUGAGGUGCUACAUGUACGGUAGCUACGGCAUACAAUGCUCACCUGGACACUGCGCAGUGUUCCAGCUGUGCACCUACGUUUCCAGGACCCGGAUACGACAUGGGGCGGUUCUGAUCACAUGGUUAUAAAGAAGUACCUAGUGAACUCAUGGAACCCACAUGACUUUCAGAAGAGAAGCGUAAUACACGCUACGAAUGGGUAGCCAAGUCUUUUCCACACCGCCAAGCCUGUGAGCCCAUGCUGCCGAGAGCUUGUGGGGAGCAAAGAUUGUCGGCAACCUAGAAUUCUAUUUGUACUAUUAUGGCUGUGGCUUGGUGACAAAGCGUUCACUCCCCACUUGAGUCUGAGCCUCCAUCUUUUUCUAUCCUCUUCUUGCCUAUCUCUAUUCCUUUCCCCUUCCCUUCCUCCCCCUUAGGUUUUUUUUUCUUCACUUCCUUGUAGGUCCAUGGAUGUUUUUUGUUGUUUUUUUUCCUACUUUAUGUGUUUCCUUGCUCAUCUCUAAUUUCUUGUAUUCAGAUUCGCAUGUCCUACCGUCCCUCCGUCUCUAUCUGCUCCUCUGUAAUGUGAUCCCCGCGUAUCUUCUCUCGUUCUUAUCAAUUGCUGUUUUCGCAUUCUCUGCGAUCUUGACUAACCACUUCCACGGGAAUUCCACAACUCCGUACUCCCUCUUCCGGAUCUUCUUAUACCCCAUUUAUCUUUAGGGCUCCUUUUUUCUUUACACACCUCCACCCAAUGUGUCCUACUAAGGUUAGGCUGAUCAUACCUGUUAUACAUAGGAUAUAUUUCUGAUAUAUUUGGGUUAUAUUUCUGAUAUAUUUAGGUUAUAUUAAGAUAUAUUGAUAAUACAGUAUAUUUAGAUUAUAUUUCUGAUGUAUUAAGUGAUAUUUCUGGGGAGGAGUGGAAGGGAAUUACUUUUACUCCUUGGGGAAUAAAAAAAAUACAAUUUCAUGUGAUCUGCAGGACCUGGAGAAGAGGGUGAUCAAGUGGUUUGACUACCUGUGGACCAAUAAGAAGGCAGUAGACGAGCGGGAGGUGCUAAAGUUCCUUCCUGAUAAACUCAGGGCUGAGAUCGCCAUCAACGUACACCUGGACACACUGAAGAAGGUAGAGAGAACUCUCUCACGCAAACAUGGCACUCGCUUUCUGUCCACAAUCUUUCCUCUCCAUCUUGAUUCUGAUCUCCAUCACUCCAGAAUAGAAGAGAGUAAUUGAUAAAAACAUAAUAGCUAUCCUCCACUUUCCCCCCUUUCCCUCUCUCCCUCUCUCCCUCUCUCCCUCUCUCCCUCUCUCCCUCUCUCCUUCUCCAGGUGCGUAUCUUUGCCGACUGCGAGGCUGGCCUCCUGGUAGAGUUGGUGUUGAAGCUCCAGCCCCAGGUUUACAGUCCAGGUGAUUACAUCUGCAAGAAGGGAGACAUCGGACGAGAGAUGUACAUCAUCAAGGAAGGGAAGCUGGCCGUCGUCGCCGACGACGGGAUCAAACAGUUCGUUGUCCUUAGCGACGGGAGCUACUUCGGGGAGAUCAGUAUUCUGGCCAUAAAGGGUUUGUUUGAUGUUAUCCUUAUGGAGUGUGUUAUCAGGUCAUUCGUUUGGAAGAGGUUUCACCCAGUGAUGGUGUGGAAUCAAGUUUGGUGUGACAGGAACUAUCCAAAUAAAUAACGUACAAGUACGACGUGGACAUGCUAAUGAUUAGAAUGGUUCUUCAGGUUAACUAUCAACCAGACUAUCAACCAGUAGGACGUGGACAUGUAAUGAUUAGAAUGGUUCUUCAGGUUAACUAUCAACCAGUAGGACGUGGACAUGCUAAUGAUUAGAAUGGUUCUUCAGGUUAACUAUCAACCAGUAGGACGUGGACAUGCUAAUGAUUAGAAUGGUUCUUCAGGUUAACUAUCAACCAGUAGGACGUGGACAUGCUAAUGAUUAGAAUGGUUCUUCAGGUUAACUAUCAACCAGUAGGACGUGGACAUGCUAAUGAUUAGAAUGGUUCUUCAGGUUAACUAUCAACCAGUAGGACGUGGACAUGCUAAUGAUUAGAAUGGUUCUUCAGGUUAACUAUCAACCAGUAGGACGUGGACAUGCUAAUGAUUAGAAUGGUUCUUCAGGUUAACUAUCAACCAGUAGGACGUGGACAUGCUAAUGAUUAGAAUGGUUCUUCAGGUUAACUAUCAACCAGUAGGACGUGGACAUGCUAAUGAUUAGAAUGGUUCUUCAGGUUAACUAUCAACCAGUAGGACGUGGACAUGCUAAUGAUUAGAAUGGUUCUUCAGGUUAACUAUCAACCAGUAGGACGUGGACAUGCUAAUGUUUAGAAUGGUUCUUCAGGUUGGGGCAGAGAUCAAAUAGGUAAAACACUACUAGAGCUGAGGACAAACUAAGACUGGUUCAGUCUCCUCUCCUGGACCCAGGUUCAGUCUCCUCUCCUGGACCCAGGUUCAGUCUCCUCUCCUGGACCCAGGUUCAGUCUCCUCUCCUGGACCCAGGUUCAGUCUCCUCUCCUGGACCCAGGUUCAGUCUCCUCUCCUGGACCCAGGUUCAGUCUCCUCUCCUGGACCCAGGUUCAGUCUCCUCUCCUGGACCCAGAGUUAGGAACAUGGCUACACUGCUUCAUUGCUGCUGUAUUGUCUCGUGAUCUGCUGCUGGAUACUAAAGUAAAGAUUCCUCCAAUCAACAAGUUGUUGCUGUGCUUCAUUUUCUUCCAGGUUCUAGGGCAGGGAACAGGAGGACCGCUAACAUCAGGAGUGUGGGGUACUCUGACCUGUUUCUCAGGCCUCAUCACCUGUAGGAGACCUGAUGCAAGCUCAGGUGAGAAGGACGCAUGUCGAGAGGAACCGCUGGACUGA